CCUGAGCCUACCCAGUCCGACAUGGUUUCCAACUGCAACAAGUUCUACUAUGUGCAGAGUGGAAAGUCUUGAGACACCAUUGACGAGAAAUAUAGGAUUACCCAGACUCAGUUCGUCAACUGGAACCCCAAAGUCGGCAGCGCUUGUACGGGCGUCUGGGCCAGCAUGUAUGCUUGCGUAGAGAUUAUUGGCAGCUCCACUACUCCUAAUAGCGUCAGCACGCUCACGUCUAUUCAAGAUGCAAUGGCAAAAAGCUGCAAAAAGUCACACCUUGUCGAGACUACUACGACUUGCGCGUCAAUUUAGGGACCAUUAUAUUAUUUCAAUGGUGAACCUGUGGAGGUGGAACCCUGGUAUCGGCUCCGCGUGUAAAAGCUUGUGGGCGCAAUUAUUUUUGCGUUGGUGUUUAAGCUGGAAGGGUGAAAUAAAGCAAUAAUGGGGAGUGAGAAGUUUGUUUUGGACUAAUUUAUAAUACCUACUUUGAUUUGAGC